CGAAAUGAUUCAGAUUGAUUCGGAUCACAAUUUUCGGGUUCGCAUCACUCGAAUCAGCAAGUGGUUGCCGCGAUGCACGACACAAAUAAUUGAUCGAGAGCGAUGGAGAAUUUGUUGUUAGAAAGAAAUGAAGACGACAGGGCACAUUUACAAAAAAGACCUGACAUGAUCACUGCUUUGGUUACAACGGUUGUGAUAAGUCUGGGUUUGGCACAGAAAGUGACUUACACGUUCCCCGAAUUUCCGUACAAGGAGACCAACAAAAAUGAGGUGAUGUUUAGGGAGGUGGAGGCCGCGUGCGAAAGGGGCUGUUUGGGGCGAAGCGGCGUUUCCAAAGUCCUGUGCAUAAGACAGUGCGUCUCCCCUUCGUGCUACCGCGACUUGUACCAAGCUGAUCAGUUGGAGGAAGGAGAAGUUGAUGUAAGACUGAACUCGUUUAAAGGCUGUUUUAUUCAACGAUACAACAGAUCUCGCCCAUGACCUGGCUAACAUCAAUAUAAUUGUAACAAUACAACACUGAUAAUUUACAGUUGACAUGAGAAAAGAGCUUCCCACUAAAAGGGCACGCAAAGGAACGCAUCCAAAUCAAAACACUUAAAUAUAUUGCUUCGUGUUCAUGCACUUGCGAUUUCAGACACCCUUCAAGUUAGAAACCUUCCUGAUACGAAACAAUUUAUACACUUUAUUAUUCAUGAGUAAUGUGAAAGACUAAUAAAAAGAUAAUACAUCAUGGUUUUUCGCGCACAUUA